CUUACCCGCCCCAUCGCCUUUCCCAAAUUCAAAUUCACUUCCACCCUAACCAGUCCCCCCCAAAUUCAAAUCGACUUCUCCCAUCUGCUCAUCUCCCACUCUCUGACCCGAACCACUCACUUCGAUCCGACCCGAAAUGCCGUUCAUAUCGGACACAGCCAGCGCCAUCAGAAGCCGCUUCGGGUUCCACGACCACUCCUCGAGCACUCCGAAUCUCCACAAAUCCGCGUCCAAAGAGAGCUUCUCGGCGGUGCGGAGCAUCGGAGACUGGGACGACGACGAUGUCGACGGAAAAGCCAGUGCCGCCCCGACUUCCUCAAACCAGAGCUUCGAGUUUCAUGAAGACCCUUCCUUUUGGAAAGACCACAAUGUGCAGGUUAUUAUUCGGGUUCGUCCGCUUAGCACCGCUGAAAUAUCAGUGCAAGGCUAUGGCAAAUGCGUUCGGCAAGAGAGCUGUCAGACAAUUGCUUGGACUGGCCAUCCCGAGUCGCGGUUUACUUUUGACAUUGUUGCAGAUGAGAAUGUUAGCCAGGAGCAACUGUUCAAAGUGGCCGGAUUGCCAAUGGUGGACAACUGCAUGAUAGGCUAUAAUAGCUGCAUGUUUGCUUAUGGCCAAACUGGAAGUGGAAAGACCCACACAAUGCUUGGAGAUAUUGAGGGAGGCACUGGAAGGCACAGUGUCAAUUGUGGGAUGACACCUAGAGUGUUCGGAUAUUUGUUCUCAAGAAUUCAAAAGGAAAAAGAGGCUGGCAGGGAUGAGAAAUUAAAGUUUAUUUGUAAAUGUUCUUUUUUAGAAAUAUACAACGAACAAAUUCUAGACCUUUUGGACCCUUCAUCUAACAACUUGCAGAUCAGAGAAGACAUAAAGAAAGGAGUUUAUGUGGAAAAUCUCAAAGAGGUUGAAGUGACAAGUGCUCGAGAUGUUAUCCAACAACUUAUUCAAGGUGCAGCUAACAGAAAAGUAGCUGCUACUAAUAUGAAUCAUGCUAGCAGUCGCUCUCAUAGUGUAUUUACGUGCAUCAUUGAAAGCAAAAGGGAAUGCCAAGGAGUAACUCACCAUCGUUUUGCUCGGCUUAAUCUUGUUGACUUAGCAGGGUCUGAAAGGCAAAAGAGUUCUGGAGCUGAAGGUGAGCGUCUAAAGGAAGCUACGAAUAUCAACAAGUCUCUUUCAACAUUGGGACUAGUGAUUAUGAAUCUGGUGAACAUGUCGAAUGGGAAGUCACUUCAUGUUCCAUACAGGGAUUCAAAGCUUACAUUUUUGCUUCAGGAUUCUUUAGGAGGGAAUUCAAAGACAAUUAUAAUAGCAAAUAUUAGUCCUUCUAGCUGCUGUUCGUUGGAAACAUUGAGCACUUUGAAGUUUGCACAGCGUGCUAAAUUCAUUAAGAACAAUGCAAUUGUGAAUGAAGACGCAUCUGGAGAUGUCAUUGCCAUGAGGGUGCAAAUUCAACAGCUCAAGAAAGAAGUAUCCCACUUACGAGGACUAGUCAAUGGAGGAAAUGGAAAUCAGGACAAUGAUACGUUAGCUGCAAGCUUUCCAAGAUCUCCAGGAUCUUUUAAGUGGGAAGGACCUAAUGGAUCAUUUAGUCCAUUCGCUUCUGGAAAGAGGACAUCUCAGAAAAAAGACUAUGAAGUUGCCCUUGUUGGAGCUUUCCGGAGGGAAAAGGACAAAGACAUUGCAUUGGAGACAUUGGCUGCUGAAAGCCAGGCAGCUUUGCAGCUGGCAAAACAAAGAGAGGAUGAAAUUCAAGGCCUAAAGAUGAGGCUACGGUUUCGAGAAGCUGGAAUAAAAAGGCUGGAAGCAGUUGCCUGUGGAAAGAUCUCAGCUGAGGCACACUUGCUAAAAGAAAAGGAGGAGCAUUUGAAAGAAAUUGAGGUUCUACGAGCCCAGGUUGAUCGUAACCAAGAAGUGACCAGGUUUGCGAUGGAAAAUUUGCGGCUAAAGGAGGAAAUCAGAAGGUUGAAGUCAUUUUAUGAGGAAGGUGAACGAGAUAUAAUGAAUGAACAGAUCAUGGUGCUACAAAACAAGUUAUUAGAAGCUCUCGACUGGAAACUCAUGCAUGAAUCAGAGCGCUUGACAGCUCAGAAUACAAAUCAGGAUGUGGUGAUGGAAGGUCAAACUGAUGAUAAUUUGCUGAUCUCCAAUCAGGAACAAGCAUCACCUUGGCAGUCUUCAAUUAAGGAGGAGAAUGAAUUUCUCCGUAUGCAGGCCAUUCAUAACCAAUCAGAAAUUGACACGCUCCAGAAAAAACUGGACCUCUGCCUUGAAGAGAAAGAGAAUUUGGAAAGGAAUAUCAAUGAUUUGAUGACAAAACUUGAAGAAGAGAGAUCAUCAAGAGCCACGAAAGAAGAGAAACAUCAAGUUGAGCUUCCUUCAUCCUCAGCUGAUGUGCCCGUUAUGAAUUUCAGUGAUCAACUGGAACUGGAAACCAUGGUUGAUGCCAUCGGUGCUGCAAGUCAAAGAGAAGCUGAAGCUCAUGAGACAGCAAUAAUCCUGUCUAAAGAAAAUGAUGAACUGCGUAUGAAGCUUAAGGUUUUGAUUGAAGAUAACAAUAAACUCAUUGAAUUAUAUGAAGGGGCCACUUCAGAGACUAGUUACAGAAAUAUUAAAUAUUCUGAAUGUUCUCAUGACGGCAUCGAAGCUCACAGUAAUGGUGGUGGUUUUGUGGAACUUGCCAAAGAAAAGGAGGCUGAGAUGACUAAAGUGGCCGAGAAUUUGGAACAUCAACUUGCAGAUUUGCAUGAAGAAAAUGAGAAACUAAUGGGAUUGUAUGAAAGAGCCAUGCAAGAGAGGGAUGAAUUCAAAAGGAUGCUUGCAUCUCCUAUGUCUCUGGAGGGAAAGAAUUUUAUUGGCAAUAAUAGUCUUUCUGGUUCUGAUGGAGGAGCAGUCUCAAUGGAGGAAUCUGGUUUGUCUGGAUUGAAUGCGCAAGCUGGGCUCGGCCAUAUAUCUGAUGAAGUGAAAGCGGAAAUUGAAAGUGGUGGGUCGAAAUCUGUGCUUGUUACCGCCGGUAUAUGCACAGUUAACACUGAAGGGGAUUCUGGAAAUGAGGUUGAUGUUGGAACUGCGUCUGACAUGGAACUGGACACAUCAGUUCUCACCACAGUAAAGCUUUCAGAAGAUCUCAAUUUGGCCAGAAUGAAUCUGGAAAAAGCAGAUGAACAGCUUCUAGAUUCUGCAAAAGCUGUUGUUGCCUUAUUUGGUUCCAUCGAGAAAUUAAUUUUUGAGGUUGGAAAACUCUCAAGAGAAAUUGAAGUAACGGAAAAUGAAGUUCAGGUCAAGCAGCAGCUUUUCGAAUCAUAUAAACUCCUCUCUGCAAAAGUGAAAGAAAAUAGCAAUCUGAUUGACAAAAAGUUGUCAGCUCUCAAGUACUCCUUAUCUAACUUUUCUUCCUCAGUAGUUUACUUUGAGCAACGAGAAGCUCGGGCAAGAUCAAGGGUAGCAGCUUCGACAGCUUAUCUGGACCAAAAGAAAGGGGAAUUGGUCUGCCUACAAGCACAAAAGGAUGAAAUAGCUACCGAACAGAUGAAAAUGCAACAAUCUGAAGUCGAACUAAAGAAAAGUCUUGCAUGCCUGAAGUCAAAGCUAGAGGAUGAAAACCGAAAACAGGAGAAUGAACAGGUUCUCUUUGCGAUAGAUAAUGUUGAGAAGAUAGACCCCUCACAGAAAAAUUGGCAUUUGGGAGGUAAAGCUACCGAGUUACUGAAGUCUGCGGAAGAGAAAACUAAACUGCAGACGGAGAUGAAGCAAUGUCGAGAAACUCUUGGAGUCGGGAGAAGGAAACUUGAGGAUCUAAACAGGAAGUCGGAUAAGGUAGUUAGUGAGAUGGCAGCUGUACAAGUGGAAAUGCAGAAAGCUGUGAAGUCGGUGGAAGAGAUGGAACUUACACUUGAGAAUGUGUUAAAAGAGAAGGAAAUGCUGUUGGAAGUAAGAGAUGACGGAAAGACUGAAAUUGAAAGCCUGGUCGUUGAGUACCAGCAGAAUUUGUGUGAGUCGGAUUUGAAGGAGGCAGAGUCAAAGAUUUUGGAGGAAGACUUGCAGACUGAGUUACGAAAGUUGGAAGAGCUGCGAAAAGAAAGGGUUUUAGCGGCCGAGAAGACAAUGCAGCUGUUGGAGACAAGGUCUCAUCCAUGCUUGUUAUCAGAAAAGAUGGAGGAAGAGCUUGAGAGUGUUAGGAAAUACGUAGUAGAGGCAAAGUCAUGUCUGCUAGGUAAGGCCGAUUCAACUGUCAGUUAACGAAACCCGAUCGAUAGUUACCGUAUUUCCACAAGAGAGGAUGCUUUGAUUGUUACACUUGUAAUUAGCAACCACUCCUCUCGUGGUUCGGAUUAGCCAACAAUAUUGUGUACUGCUACAUUUAACUUUUUAUUGUUUUUCAUUUUUCAUGUUAAAUAGAAAGCGUUGGCACAAGGCAAAGUGCAAUUUCCAA